AUGGGGUCUUAGGGUCUGGCUCGACUGCCCGGGCUCUUCGCCGUCUAUAAACCUCCUGGGUUGAAAUGGCUGCACUUGCGGGAGACAGUGGAGCUGCAACUGCUGAAAGGUCUCAAUGCAGCAAAGCCUCCGGCUCCUGAGCAGCGUGUUCGCUUCUUGCUAGGCCCCGUGGAAGGCAGUGAAGAGAAGAAGUUGACUCUCACGGCCGCGAGUGUGCCCACCCUCUCCACCCACAGACUCGUACGUGGCCCAGCGUUUACCAGCCUGAAGAUUGGUGUUGGACAUCGCUUGGAUUUCCAGGCUUCUGGUGUGCCGGUGCUCGCCAUGGGACAUGGAUGCAGACUUCUCACCAACAUGUAUGAUGCUCACCUCACCAAGGCUUACACAGUGCGCGGCCACCUAGGCAAGGCUACAGACAACUUCUGUGAAGAUGGGCGGCUGAUAGAAAAGACCACAUAUGACCAUGUGACCAGAGAACACUUGGACCGGAUCCUGGCUGUAAUCCAAGGCUCCCACCAGAAGGCACUGGUGAUGUACUCCAACCUGGACCUGAAGUCCCAGGAGGCCUAUGAGAUGGCUGUGCAAGGUGUGAUCCGGCCCAUGAAAAAGUCCCCGAUGCUCAUCUGUGGCAUCUGCUGCCUGCACUUUGCACCUCCUGAGUUUCUCUUAGAGGUACAGUGUAUGCACGAGACGCAGCAGCAGCUGAGGAAGCUGGUGCAUGAAAUCGGCCUGGAGCUGAAGAGCACUGCUGUCUGCGUGCAAGUGCGGCGCACUCGGGAUGGCUUCUUCAUGCUGGACGAUGCCCUCCUGAGAACCCAGUGGGACCUACACAGCAUCCAGGAUGCCAUCCAGGCUGCAGCCCCCCGGGUGGCAGCAGAGCUGAAAAAGAACUUGAGACUAAGCCUGGGCCACUGGUAGCUCCCCAGUGCUGGGCAGCCUUGGGGCUUCGAGGACCCAGACUCCGCUUUGGAGGUAGAAAGUUAUGCAGGGCAGGGAAUGCCCAGACGUAGGUGGGCAGAGACAAAGGCUCUUUACAGGACAGAGCUGAUGACUUUGCAGAGAGU